UUGGCCAGUCAACUUAUGGCAAACGACUCACUUCAUCGUGUGACACUCCUACAGCGAACAGCUACCACACCGUACCAUUCCAUCUCCUCCCCCGCCUCCUGCUCCGAUUCCGGCGUACCGCACGACAUGCCUAUCGCCUCCGCCACGAACCACGGCCGGGUGGCAGCCGUCGCCACCGGCCUUCUGUUUCUGGCCGUCACCAUGCAUCAACACGUCGCAGGAGCUGCACCCGCUGCCGCCGUCGUUCCCGUUCACCAUGUCGUCGGAGGUGACCCGGGGUGGGACGUGGCCUCCGACGUCCUCGCCUGGUCGGCCGACAGGCUCUUCGCCGUCGGAGACUCCCUCUGGUUCGCGCACGAGGCGACGGACGGCGGCAUCGCAGAGGUCGGAGGCGAGGCGGAGUUCGCGGCAUGCAAGGUCGGCAACCCCGUCAGGAUGUACACGGACGGGCUCAGCAGGGUUGGCCUGGACGACGAAGGCGCGAGGUAUUUUGUCAGCGCCGACCCGGCCAAGUGCAGGAGCGGGCUGAAGCUGCACGUCGACGUGGGUGCUGCGGUGUCUGCCGGCGCGUCCCCGCGGACGGAGGAAGAUGGAGCUGCCGCGACGGCGCCCGCGCCGUCGGCGUCGAGCGGCUCCCCAGGUGUUGCAGUGGCACCGCUGGUGCGCGCAGCAUUGUGCUUGGUCUUUGUGUGGGGUCUUCUGAACCUAGGUGCAUGAGAACUUGAGCAGGAAGAGCGCUGCGUGUAUGAUCAGAUCGCCUAUGUAUGGCCUUGCUUAUCCUAGAUCUAGAUGUCUGUUUCAUUUCGUUAAUAAGUGUACCGGCUGUUUAUUUUAUACUACCUCCGUUUCAUAAUACUAUUUUAGUUUUUGGAGCAGUGAUGUUUCAUA